AUGGAUUGUCAACUCUCCAUCCUCCUCCUUCUCAGCAGCUCUGUUCUCAGCUGCUUCGGGGAACUGAUUCUCCAGCCUUCCAAUGAAGUCAAUCUGCUGGAUUCAAAAACUAUUCAAGGGGAGCUGGGCUGGAUCUCUAACCCAUCACAUGGGUGGGAAGAAAUUAGUGGUGUUGAUGAACAUUACACACCCAUCAGGACUUACCAGGUGUGCAAUGUAAUGGAACACAGCCAAAAUAAUUGGCUGAGGACAAACUGGGUCCCCAGGAACUCAGCUCAGAAGAUCUACGUGGAGCUCAAGUUCACUCUACGGGACUGUAAUAGCAUUCCGUUUGUUUUGGGAACUUGCAAGGAGACUUUCAACCUAUACUACAUGGAAUCUGAUGAUGAUCAUGGGGUCAAGUUCCGAGAGCAUCAGUUUACAAAGAUUGACACCAUUGCAGCUGAUGAAAGUUUCACUCAAAUGGAUCUUGGUGAUCGUAUUCUUAAACUCAACACUGAAGUUAGGGAAGUAGGUCCUGUUAACAAAAAGGGAUUUUAUUUGGCUUUUCAAGACGUUGGGGCCUGCGUUGCCUUGGUGUCUGUGAGAGUGUACUUCAAAAAGUGCCCAUUUAUAGUGAAGAAUCUGGCUAUGUUUCCAGACACUGUGCCCAUGGAUUCCCAGUCCCUGGUGGAGGUCAGGGGUUCUUGUGUUAACAAUUCCAAGGAGGAUGAUCCUCCCAGGAUGUACUGCAGUACAGAAGGCGAAUGGCUUGUACCCAUUGGCAAGUGCUCGUGCAAUGCUGGCUAUGAAGAAAGAGGUUUUAUGUGCCAAGCUUGUCGACCGGGUUUCUACAAGGCUUUGGAUGGUAAUAUGAAGUGCGCUAAGUGCCCGCCUCACAGUACUUCUCUGGAAGAUGGUUCAGUGAACUGCAGGUGUGAGAAUAAUUACUUCCGGGCAGACAAAGACCCUCCAUCCAUGGCUUGUACCCGACCUCCAUCUGCACCAAGAAAUGUUAUUUCUAAUAUAAACGAGACUUCGGUUAUCCUGGACUGGAGUUGGCCCCUGGACACAGGAGGCCGGAAAGAUGUUACCUUCAACAUCAUAUGUAAAAAAUGUGGGUGGAAUGUCAAACAGUGUGAGCCAUGCAGCCCAAAUGUCCGCUUCCUCCCUCGACAGUUUGGACUCAGCAACACCACGGUGACAGUGACAGACCUCCUGGCACACACUAACUACACCUUUGAGAUUGAUGCCAUUAACGGAGUGUCAGAGCUGAGCUCGCCACCAAGACAGUUUGCUGCAGUCAGCAUCACGACUAACCAGGCGGCUCCAUCACCUGUCAUGACCAUUAAGAAGGAUCGGUCAUCCAGAAACAGCAUCUCUCUAUCCUGGCAAGAACCCGAACACCCUAAUGGGAUCAUAUUGGACUACGAGGUCAAAUACUAUGAAAAGCAGGAGCAAGAGACAAGUUACACCAUUCUGAGGGCAAGAGGCACGAAUGUUACCAUCAGUAGCCUCAAGCCUGACACUACGUAUGUUUUCCAAAUCCGAGCCCGAACAGCAGCUGGAUAUGGGACCAACAGUCGCAAAUUUGAGUUUGAAACAAGUCCCGACUCUUUCUCCAUCUCCAGUGAAAAUAGCCAAGUGGUAAUGAUCGCCAUUUCAGCAGCAGUAGCAAUUAUUCUCCUCACAGUCGUCACCUACGUUUUGAUUGGAAGGUUCUGUGGCUAUAACAAGUCAAAACAUGGGACAGAUGAAAAAAGACUUCAUUUUGGGAAUGGACAUUAUCGUUGUGUAAAACUUCCAGGUCUCAGGACUUACGUUGACCCACACACAUACGAAGACCCUACCCAAGCAGUUCAUGAGUUUGCUAAGGAAUUGGAUGCCACCAACAUAUCCAUUGACAAAGUUGUUGGAGCAGGUGAAUUUGGAGAGGUGUGCAGUGGUCGCUUAAAACUCCCCUCCAAAAAAGAGAUUUCAGUGGCCAUCAAGACCUUGAAAGUAGGCUACACUGAAAAGCAAAGAAGAGACUUCCUGGGAGAAGCAAGCAUUAUGGGACAAUUUGACCAUCCCAAUAUUAUUAGACUGGAAGGAGUUGUUACUAAAAGUAAACCAGUUAUGAUUGUCACAGAAUACAUGGAGAAUGGUUCCUUGGACAGUUUCUUACGUAAACAUGAUGCCCAGUUUACAGUCAUCCAGCUGGUGGGGAUGCUUCGGGGCAUAGCAUCUGGCAUGAAGUACCUCUCGGAUAUGGGCUAUGUUCACCGAGACCUCGCUGCUCGGAACAUCUUGAUCAACAGCAAUUUAGUGUGUAAAGUUUCUGAUUUUGGACUUUCACGUGUUCUAGAAGAUGACCCAGAAGCUGCUUAUACGACAAGAGGAGGAAAGAUUCCAAUCCGGUGGACAUCACCAGAAGCUAUAGCCUACCGCAAAUUCACAUCAGCCAGCGAUGUAUGGAGUUACGGGAUUGUUCUCUGGGAGGUGAUGUCCUAUGGAGAGAGACCAUACUGGGAGAUGUCCAAUCAAGAUGUAAUUAAAGCUGUGGAUGAGGGCUAUCGCCUGCCACCCCCCAUGGACUGCCCAGCUGCACUGUAUCAACUGAUGCUGGACUGCUGGCAGAAAGACAGAAACAACAGACCCAAGUUUGAGCAGAUUGUCAGCAUCCUGGACAAGCUCAUCCGGAACCCGGGUAGUCUGAAGAUCAUCACCAGUGCGGCAGCAAGGCCAUCAAACCUUCUUCUGGACCAAAGCAACAUCGACAUCUCUACCUUUCGCACAGCAGGUGACUGGCUUAAUGGUGUCCGGACAGCACAGUGCAAAGAAAUCUUCACAGGCGUGGAAUACAGUUCUUGUGACACCAUAGCCAAGAUUUCCACAGAUGACAUGAAAAAAGUUGGUGUCACUGUGGUUGGGCCACAGAAGAAGAUCAUCAGUAGCAUUAAAGCUUUGGAAACACAAUCAAAAAAUGGUCCAGUUCCAGUGUAA